AUGGCUCAAGUGCUUCUGAUCCCUGUUGCUAAACAGAUCCUUGGCAAAGUAACCAACUUGGCAUCGGUGGAGAUUGGACUGUUGUGGAACUUCAAUGGGGAGCUAGAGAAGCUGAAGGACACGGUCUCCACUAUCCAGGCCGUGCUCCUUGACGCCGAGGAGAAGCAGGUCCACAGCAACCAAGUCAAAGAUUGGCUCGAGAAGCUGUCCGAUGCAAUGUAUGAUGCUGAUGAUCUGCUCGAUGAUGUCUCCAUCGAGGCUGCACGAGCAAAAGAUGCUGCAGAUGUUGAUGACGGGAGAAGAACAGGGGCAACUUGUUGGAGUUUGGUAAGAUUUCUGGUCUCCUCCCUUCCGAAGCAAUUGCUUCAUACCCUUAAGAUGGCUCGUGGUCUCAAGGCUAUUCGGGAGAGGCUCGAUAUGAUAUCGAUAGAUAAGGUUAAUUUCAAGUUGGAAGUUCGUACUGAGCAAGCUCUUGUUUCGUGCCGGGAGACAGAUUCUUGUCCUCCCAUAGUUGUUAUUGGGAGAGAAGUUGACAAAAGGAGAAUCAUUCAGCUGUUGCUGAAUUCCAAUUCUGAGGACAGCAGCUUUGUUGUCCCUAUUGUUGGAAUAGGCGGAUUGGGGAAGACCACGCUCACUCAGCUCGUUUAUUGUGAUGAUCAAGUGAAGGCACACUUUGAGAUAAGAGUGUGGGUGUAUGUUUCACAGAAGUUUGAUAUAAAAGGGAUUCUGGGGAUGAUAUUGCAAUCCAUCAGUCGUGAAAGCCAACCAGAUCUUGCAUUGGAUGUUCUAAAAGAUAAGAUCCAAGAGGAAAUUUGUGGGAGAAGGUUCCUGUUUGUUUUGGAUGAUGUUUGGGAGGAAAACGUUGAAAGUUGGGAAGCUUUAGGAAAAUAUUUGAAGGUUGGUGGCUCUGGGAGCAGAGUGUUGGUGACCACUCGGUCAAAAGAAGUGGCUGAGAUCAGUAGCAGAAUUUUGAAACUGGGAACAAGAAGUAGUAUGAUGGAGUCCCCCUAUUUCCUGGAAGGUUUGUCACUUGAUGAAUCAUGGAGUUUGAUGGUGGAAAAGGCCCUUCAUGGAAAAGUGCCUCAAAACCCGAAUGUAGAAAGAACUGGGAAAGAGAUACUAAGGAAAUGUUGUGGAGUGCCCCUUGCUGUAAGUACAAUAGCUGGUCUAUUACGUUCCAAAGAUCCGGAGACUGAAUGGUCAUUGUUUUCAGAGAAUGAUUUGACGAGCAUUUCUGAAGAAAAGAAUCUUACCAUGUCAACCCUCCGACUAAGUUUCAAUCAUCUUCCUUCUCAUCUGAAACGUUGCUUUACUUAUUGCAAGUUGUUUCCAAAGGGCUGUAAACUGUAUGUUCAACCUUUAGUACAACUUUGGAUAGCACAAGGAUAUAUCAAAUCGGGAGAUGAAGGUUCAGAAGAAAUGGGUUUGCAUUGUUUCAAAAUGUUAUGGUGGAGGUCGUUUUUCCAGGAGGUGAAGAUGGAUAAGUUGGGCAAUAUAGAAACUUGCAAGAUACACGAUUUGGUUCAUGAUUUAGCCUCGUCAUUAACAAGAGCAAAAAUCCUCAAAAUUUCAGAUUCAAGUGCUCUGAAGAACAUAUCUUCAAAAACUCGUCAUUUGGCUGUGAUGCAGGGAACUAGAGUUGGUGCUGGUUAUAUGCGAGAGGCAAGCAAGUCGAGAACAUUUAUGUGUCAUAUGCCAAUUGAAGAAUCAAGAAAGAUCAUCCGCUACUUCAGAUUUUUGCGGGUGUUGGUAAUAUCAUUAGAAAGAGAUUUGCUGUAUUGGCGGAGUCCGUUGAAGCUGGAAGAAGACUCGUGGCUCCUCCGUGGUCAUAACAGACAAGAUUCUGAACUGUUCGAUUGUAUUGGUGAGUUGAAGCAUUUAAGAUUUCUUCGUUUCUCCUGCCAACAAAUGACAAAGCUUCCCGAUUCUGUUACUAACCUUCUUACAAUGCAAGUGCUUGACCUCUCAUUAUGUAGUCACCUCACAGAAUUACCUAGGGAUAUCAGAAAGCUAGUUAAUUUGAAGCAUUUGUACCUUGAUCCUUCUGUGAAGUUGACUCAUAUGCCUAAGGGGAUUGGGGAAUUAGCGUCCCUUCAGACUUAA